AUGAUGGCCAGAUGCUGCAACGGCCUCGACUCUAGAAAUCGAGCUGUCUCAAAAAUAGACAAGCUCAGACUCAGGGCUAACAGAACAACCUGGGAAAACGUCACAGACAAGUCCCACGAUUUGUCCCAGAAUGCUCCAUUCACGACUCACUUCAGAGACAUCCUCUUAGACGGAAUCAAAGCGGCGGAGAAUCUAAACAUGGACGAGGGAGCAACUGCCGGAGCCGAGAAUCUCUUCCCAAACACUUGGACUCAGAACCUCCAGACCAUCGAGGAAAGAUUCGCACGAAUGAAUAUGACCAAAACCCGAGAGAAUAACUAG